CAUGUUUACAGCCAUUGAUUCAUACAAGCGAUACAAGGAAGAAGUGAAGAAUCUCAAGGACCUUGGAGUUGAUUCUCACAGAUUUUCCAUCUCUUGGACCAGGAUUCUUCCUAAGGGAACCUUGAGUGGUGGAGUAAACCAAGAGGGUAUCAAUCACUACAACAACUUCAUCGACGAACUAAUCAAGAAUGACAUCACACCAUUUGUGACCAUAUUGCACUUUGAUCCACCACAAGCUUUGACAGACAAGUAUGGCGGCAUCCUCAAUCGCUCCUUCGUGAAAGAUUUCAAGGAUUACAGUGAACUUUGUUUUAAACUUUUUGGAGAUAGGGUGAAAAAUUGGUUUACAAUCAACGAGCCGUGGAUCAUGGCGAAAAUGGGGUACGACAAAGGCGUUGGUCCGCCGGGCAGGUGUUCUGUUCAAACUGUAUUUCCAUGCACAAAUGGUGGUAAUUCAGCCACGGAACCUUACAUUGUGGCACACCACCUUCUCCUUGCCCAUGCUUCAGUCGUUGAGCUUUACCGGAAGAAAUUUCAGGAUAAACAAGGCGGACAAAUUGGAAUUAGUCUUGUAGGACAAUAUGUCAUGCCUUAUUCGAAUUCGGCAGAAGACAAAGCUGCAGCAGAAAGAAUAUUAGACUUUGAACUUGGAUGGUUCAUGGAACCAUUAGUAUAUGGAUCAUAUCCAGAGAGUAUGAGACCUUUGGUCAAGGACAGGCUACCACAUUUCACCAAGGAGGAGGAGAAGAUGAUCAAUGGAUCCUUAGGUUUUGUCGGCAUCAACUAUUACUCCACAAGAUAUGGUAGAAACGUCCCAGCAAAACCACAAGGACCAAUCUCUUAUAGCGACGAUAUUUUAGCUUUGGCGUUGAUCACAAAUGAAAACGGAACCCAAAUUGGUCCUAAGGCGGGAGGAAGUCGGUUCGUCUACAGUUACCCACAAGGCCUGGAACAACUUCUAAAGUUUAUGAAGAAGAAGUACCAGGACCCUAAAAUCUACAUUUCUGAACAUGGAAUAACCGAGGCAAAGGACGAUAAACUAAGACUUAGUGAUGCACUUAAGGAUCCACAUAGAAUUGAAUCCAUUCUUCGCCAUUUGUACCGGAUCAAGAAGGCAAUAGAGAGUGGUGUGAAUGUCAAAGGAUAUUUCCACUACACUUUAUCUGAUAAUUUUGAAUGGGGAGAAGGCUAUAUCCCAAGAUUCGGGCUUUACUACGUCGACUACAAAGACAAUCUCAAGCGCAUUCCUAAAGAGUCUGCUAAGUGGCUCCCUAAGUUCCUAAAGGGCGAGGCUUGAUGUACUCAAGUUCGAUAUAAACUCCAGAUGGUUGUCAAGCUCAUCUACUUUCUUGCACACAAAUGCAGAAAACUGUAAAGAAAGAGUGGUAGAAUAUGUACUAUAUAUGCCUUGAAUGUUCAGUUUUAUAGGCUUGGUAUUUCUGUGGGAAUGCCCUGUACUUUUAAUACUGGCAUAGGUUUGUAAUAUACUUGUUAUAUUGCGAGCAAAACAAUAUUACAUCAACUUCUUUGA